AUGGCUUCCAUUGAGUCAAAUAACAUUACUUCCAAAUGCUUAGAGGUUUGCGCUGAAUAUACGGUACUUGCCCCGCAGUUUGCCUUCUGCGUAUAUAUGAGCGCCCGGGUGCUAUUAGUGCAUUGGCGCUACUAUAGUGUGCCACUUGCCUCCGAAUUCUUCACUCUGAUCAGCAGUCUUCAAAAUAUGGCAAGACGGUGGGUGGGGAUUUUGUCUGAGAAAAGUCCCAACACUUGUCUACCGGGAAGUUAUGCCAUUCGUCUGAAGAUGGUUUAUAAAAAGAGUCAAAGGGACCCUAGUUUUCGCAUCAGUAUUACCGAUGGCUCAAACGACGGGCUACCACCGGUAGACUCAGUUGAAUGGAAUGAUCUUCAACAGGAUCGAAUGCUGCAACACCCCUCCCUCUCCGCCACCAUGCAGGGACCGUUUGGACCGCAUGAAAAUGAGGCUGAUAUUUCCACGGCCACAAAUUCCAGCAUGGAGUUCUUCCAUCCGGAUGACACCUGCGAAAUUCCAAAUGAUCUCUUGGCCCUAUCCGAAUCGUUCAUCGACCAGCAAUUUACUGAACUUGAACGUGUAAUGCGAUUCGACGGUCCAAUUUUGGCAGACUACUUUAGUCAAACACAUUCAGCUGAAUAA